AUGAUCCUUUGUAAACUGAGUCAUAAAAUUAGCCGUUCUAUAUCAUAUAUUAUCAUUUCUGUUCGCAGAAGCUUCUUAGUCGAGUCAAGUCUUACUACUUUACGGAUUGCAGUCGCUAGCGCUUCCCUCAUUAUGUUGCAAUUAUCUCUUAGCUUAGAGGUGGCGAGCUGGGCCAGGCCAUGA